GUGCCGACCUAGCAGCUUUUUUGUCUUUCUUUUUUCUUCCUUGGUCCUCCUGCUUAUUUGUCAUCCCUUCUCUCUCUUCUUAUACACAAGCUAGUACAUAUAUAUAUAUAUAUAUAUAAAGUCUUUCCUCAACUGUUACACCAAAGACACACACACAUGCAUAAAUAAAUUAUUGAUUAGUUGGUUCUUCUUUUCCUUUCCUUUCCUUUCCACCCUCAACAGUAAUGAUUUUCUCGUUAAGGGUAUCAAUUUGGAGGAAUCUUAGGAGUAGUUGUGAAAAAAGUGUCCAAGUUAUAGUAAUGGAAAACUAACAAGUUAAACACAAUUUUGAGGAGCACUGCUAGCUUUGUGAUACCAUCAACCACUAUCAUGCAUGUUAAUCACAUUCAGAGGGCCUCUUUCUGAUUUUUCUCUCCAUCCAUCUCAUUCUUUGAUCUCUAUAUUUUGCUUCCGGGAAUUAAUUGGAUUAUUGAAUUUGUAUUUUGGGUUACUUGCUCUUUCUCAUAUUUUUUAAUUAUAUAUAUAAUUUCAAAUGGUGGGAGGGCAGUUGAAUGACACCACCUACACCAAAAUCUUCGUUGGAGGUUUGGCUUGGGAGACUCAGAGAGAUGCCAUGAGGCGUUAUUUUGAGCAGUUUGGAGAGAUCCAGGAGGCUGUUGUUAUCACUGACAAAACUACCGGCAGAUCCAAGGGUUAUGGUUUUGUUACAUUUAAGGAUCCAGAUGCUGCCAUGAGAGCCUGUCAAAACCCAUAUCCUGUGAUUGAUGGAAGGAGGGCAAACUGCAAUCUUGCUUCACUUGGUGCACAUAAGCCGCCUCCACCAUCUCCUAAACAUAAUCGAUACAAUAUUGCAGGUACAGGGCGGUUUAGACCAGUACCUGGAUUAGUGUCUCCAUCUGCUUAUCAUGGCUCUUCUUCGAUACAUUUUCAUCAACCCACUGGUCAAUUUACAUUCCCUUAUUCAGCUUAUGGGUAUAGUGGAUAUUCCCAAGACAGCAUAUAUCCCAUGAACUAUUAUGAUUUAUAUGGAGGCCAAUUCUCACCUUAUUACACCAUUGGGGCAUCAGGGACACCCAGAAUUUACCCCAAUCUGUAUCCUUAUUAUGCCCAGUAUGCACAGAGUAGCCAAGCUCAUGGUUUUGGUGUUCAGGAUCCCCAAAUGGUACAAUACCCAUAUUUACCUCAGCAUUAUAGAUCCACUGGGAUCCUACCCCUUCCUUCUUCAAUCACAGUCACAACGACAACGACAACUACUACUUCAGAAUCGACAACCACCACCAAUAGAAUGCUAAAUGCAGUGGGUGCAACAACAACAGCAGCAGCAGCAACAGUGACUGAAGCAGCAGCUAGUGCUUCUCAAGCCACCACCGGAACAGUCUCUAAACAGAAUUUAUCGACUUGAUUUGCACUUGGGAGUACAUCAUCUUCCUAGGAGACUAACAAUAAUUAUACAGUGAAAAGGGUCAGUAACAGAAAGGAAAAGAAAAUGAGGAGCUAAGUUACAGUUUCAAAAGAAAGGUGUUUGAUCAGCUAGCAUAACCAGUGAAGAAAUCCAAUAAUUCAGCAGCAUCAUGGAAUGGGCACUUGAAGUUAUGAAAUCUUGCUCCACCACCGACUGUUUUCAAUUCAUUCUCCUACCGUGCUCAACAUAUCGUCAUCCCCGAAUCAUCAUAACAAAGUGGUUAGGUUUAAGAGAAAUUUAUAUUCAUUCAUGAAAUUGUCACAAGGUGGAAAUCAGAUAUUGGUUUCUGAUUCAACCUUAUGUGUUAAUUGUAAGAUGAUUGUCUAGGGAAGCAUAGAGCAUCCAAUGACAUUCUUCUGUUCAUAUUAGGCUUUAUUAGGAGGAGUUGUUCAAGAUUAAUUUUAUUUAUCUUUGGACCACUCGGUGUUUGGUCAAGAAGAAAUGGCAAGUUCAGAUAGCUUGGCCGUUGACUUGUAAUUUUUUUGUUUGUACACUAUUUUCAUAGAUUAGUUGAAGGAAGAACAUGGUGUCUAAUAUGAUUCCCUUUUUUAAAAAUACAAAAAUAAAAAAAAUAAAAAUCUCCUUUUA